AUGACAAAGUUACAAGGACUGAAGAGAUUAAAACAAAUCAAAGCGGUUGUAUUUGACAUGGACGGUACAUUAUGUCUACCUCAACCUUGGAUGUUUCCAGCAAUGAGAAACGCCAUAGGAUUGCACGACAAAGCGAUUGAUAUCCUUAAUUUCAUUGAUACAUUGCCCACAGAAAAAGAAAAAAAAGAAGCGCAUGAUAAAAUAGAACUAGUUGAAGCAAAAGCCAUGAAGGAGAUGCAACCACAGCCUGGUCUGGUUGACAUAAUGACGUAUUUGACCAAAAAUGGUAUUAGCAAGAAUAUAUGCACCAGGAAUGUCGGUGCUCCAGUCGAGACUUUCGUUACAAGGUUUAUUCCACUCGAGCUUUCGAGGUUUGACUAUAUUGUGACAAGAGAAUUUAGACCUACGAAGCCUCAACCUGACCCAUUAUUGCACAUCGCCUCGAAUCUGAAUAUAAGGCCCUUGGAAAUGAUCAUGGUAGGAGAUUCAUUUGACGACAUGAAAUCCGGUAGGUCUGCUGGGUGCUUGACGGUAUUGCUCAAGAAUCAUGUGAAUGGACAUUUACUGCUCGAACAUAAAGAACUGGUAGACGUUUCAGUAGAAGAUCUUUCCGAAAUAAUUGAACUGAUUCAAAAUCUGAAUGACAAAGGUCUCUAA